GUAAACAGAUUUCCGAGGUCCUAGAGUUUGUAUUGGAUGAAUUAGAAAAGACGGUUAUAACGAAAUAUAGAUGGAAUAAAGAAAGUACUGAACAAUGGGAAGCGAUGUGUUUGGCCUUGAAG